AUGGGAGCCGCGUAUAGCACCAAGCCGAUGUCUAACAUCAGCCAGGGCCAGUUCUCGUCAGAUAACCCAGAUGACCUUUACCUAGCCAACUCAUACCAGCAGCGUAUGGUGGGGCAGCUGCCCAACGGGGCGCGCCUGCCAGGUGCGGCACGCAAGAUGGUGCCGAUUGGGCAGCAGCAGCCCGCGCUGCCGGCGCAACUCCUGGACACUGGCGCCGGCCCGCUGGAUCACACGGGAUCCAUGUCAAAGGCUGCUGCGCGCGCGGGUAAGCAGCAAAUCCCUGCGCUUGGUGCCGGUGCCAACCGCAGCGAGGGCUACAUGGGGCCGACAGCUGGCCUCGGCCUCGAUCAGUCCUUCACAGCAAGAGCCGCGCCCCUGGCAGGCCCCGGCAGCCUGUCACACGCGGCGCAGCAGCAGCAUCAUGGCGGCGCCGCAACGGCGCGUGCAGCCGGCCAGGCAGCGGUGCAGCAGCAGCAGCAGCAGCAGCAGCAGCAACCGGUUGAGGCCGCAGUGACCUCACAGCAGCAGCAGCAGCAGCAGCAGCAGCAGCAGCAGCAGCAGCAGCAGCAGCAGCAGCAGCAGCAGGCAGCAGCAGCGGCCACCCAGCAGCAGCAACACCACCAACGGACGCAGUCCCAGUCCAGCGUAGUGGAGACGGGGCCGAUUACGCCGGCCCAGGCGCUGAAGCGGUACAGUGAGUACCUCACGCCCUUUGAGCAGAGCGAGGUGCUGCAGUACCAGCAGGUGUGGUUCCUUGGCAAGGCCGACGUCCAGAAGAUCCGCGGCAACCCCCACCUGGCCAAGACCAACUACGGAUACGACGAUGAGCGCGGGGACUACAUACUCACGACGCACGACCACGUCGGCUACCGGUACGAGGUCCUGGGUGUGCUGGGCAAGGGGUCGUUUGGCCAGGUGCUCAAGGUCCUGGACUACAAGACCGGCGCGUACCGCGCCCUCAAAAUAAUCCGCAACAAGAAGCGGUUCCACCACCAGGCCCAGGUUGAGCUGAAGGUUCUGGAGCACCUGCGGUCCCACGACCCCGAGGACGCCCACAACGUGAUCCACCUGUGCGACCACUUCAUGUUCAGGAGCCACCUGUGCAUCACGUUUGAGAUGCUCAGCAUCAACCUCUACGAAUUCAUCAAGCAGAAUAACUUUGCGGGGCUUAGCCUCAACCUCGUGCGGCGCUUCGCGUCCCAGAUGCUGCUGUCGCUCAGCUUCCUGCGCCGCCACCAGCUCAUCCACUGCGACCUCAAGCCGGAGAACGUGCUGCUGCGCAGCCAGCACCGCAGCGCCAUCAAGGUCAUCGACUUUGGCAGCAGCUGCUUCACCGACGAGCGCGUCUACACCUACAUCCAGUCCAGAUUCUACCGCAGCCCCGAGGUCAUCCUGGGGCUGCCCUACGGCUGCGAGAUCGACAUGUGGUCCUUCGGCUGCAUCCUGGCGGAGCUGCUCACUGGGUACCCCCUCUUCCCGGGCGAGGACGAGCACGAGCAGCUGCUGUGUAUUAUGGAGGUCAUGGGGCUGCCGCCGCGCCACCUGGUGGACUCUGCCUCGCGCCGCAAGAUGUUCUUUGACUCCGCCGGGUCGCCGCGCAUCCAGCCGAACAGCAGGGGCAAGGUGCGUACGCCGGCCACCAAGACGCUGUACAGCGUGCUGCGCUGCGCUGACGCGGCCUUCAUGGACCUGCUGGACGCCUGCCUCAGGUGGGACCCCGCCGAGCGCAUCACGCCAGACCAGGCGCUGCAGCACCCCUGGUUUGUGGAGCACGCUGCACAGCAGGCUGCGGCGCAGGCGGCGGCGGCCGCAGCCCAAAUUGCAGUCCAGCAGCAGCAGCAGCAGCAGCAGCAGCAGCUGCAACAGCAGCAGGCGGCGCACCGGAAGGCGCCCACCGCCGCCCUGCAGCAGCCGCUCGCGGCGCCGCCUGUGGCCGCGACAGGCGCGCAGCAGCCGCAGGCCGCCGCGCUGGACACCAGCCAUGUGAAGGCGAGCAGCGACCAGGUUGCCGGGCCGCCGCCCGGGCCCGCGCUCGGCCCCAAGGCGCCUCUGGCCGCGUUGGCGGCCGCGGCCGGUGGCCAGGCGUCAGUGGUGGUGGUGGGCCCGCCCGCGCUGGCCAAGGCGGCCGCGGCAGCCCAGCAGAUGGACGUUGCCGGCGGCGGCAUGCUCGGCCGCCUGCUGCCCCACCUGCGGCGCUGA